CCAUUCCGCGCCCUGCCCGCCGCACACUUCGCUUGCCGCGGGGAUUGGCCCCGGCGCGCUGCCGUAGCGGCCGCAGCGCGUUGCUCGGAGCCGCGUUGGCCGCGGGUGCCGGCGAUGUCGUUCCGCGACCUCCGCAAUUUUACUGAGAUGAUGAGGGCGCUGGGGUAUCCUCGACUCAUAUCCAUGGAGAAUUUCCACACCCCAAACUUCAUGCUUGUGUCAGAAGUGCUGCUGUGGCUGGUGAAAAGGUAUGAACCUCAGAGUGACAUUCCUGGGGAUGUGGAGACAGAGCAGGACCGGGUUUUCUUCAUCAAGGCCGUGGCUCAGUUCAUGGCUACCAAGGCUCACAUCAAGCUGAACACCAAGAAGCUGUACCAGGCUGAUGGGCACGCCGUGAAGGAGCUGCUCAAGGUCACCUCGGUGCUCUACGGGGCCAUGAACACCCAGGGAGGGGAGCAUGCCCACCUCCCCGAGGAGGACAGCACCAAGUUCAAGUUUGAUCUGGGCUCAAAAAUUGCUGACUUGAAGGCAGCUAGACAGCUUGCUUCUGAAAUCACCUCCAAAGGAGCAGUCCUGUAUGACUUACUUGGCAAAGAGGUGGAGCUGAGGGAAGCAAGGACAGAAUCUCUUGGCAGACCUUUGGAGAUAAAUGAGGCUGAGAAGGUGAUGAAAAUUGCCAUUAACAGCGUUCUGGAAGAAGUCCAAAAGACCAAAGACAUGUUGAAUAACGUGGCUUUGGAUGAAGCCAGUUUGGAAGCCAAGAUUGAAAAACGAAAAUUGGAGCUGGAAAGAAGCCAGAAGAGGCUGCAGACUCUGCAGAGUGUUCGCCCUGCUUUCAUGGAUGAGUAUGAGAAGAUUGAGGAGCAGCUGCAGAAGCAGUACAGCACUUACCUGGAAAAGUUCCGAAAUCUGACCUACAUGGAGCAGCUCGUGGAUGAUCACCGGCGGGCAGAGCAGGAGAUGUUUGAGGAAGCAGCCAACAUGCUGCGUCUGAUCCAGAACAGGCUGAAGGAGGAGGAGCAGCACCUGCUCAAGAGUGGAGGUAAUGAUGACUCUGACAUAGAAAUCCAGGAGGAUGAAGGCUCUGACAGCGAGGGGGAUUUGCAGAUCACGAGGCACCGCAUCAGCACAGAAACUCUCCUGCCAGCCAGCUAAAGGACUUGAAGUCACAGGAUUUGGUUUCCCGUGGAGCAGCAAAGAGGGAGCUGGGGGAGACUUGUGUGGUGCAGAGAGAAAAUCAACCCCUUCCCCACGUGCAGAGAGGAACAGGCAGGAGCAGCUGAAGGGAGAAGCUGGAGUGGGCUCUGGAGCUUUGAUCUCAGUGCUGCUGGGCCAGCAAACUUGGCAAAAGCAGCAUCAGGGGAGCAGGAAGGGCUCUGGUCCAGGAGGGAGCAGGGAGGUGAGAGCUCCUGGCUGGGGAGCAGGGCCAAGCUGCAGGUGCUGCCUGUGGGCCUGGGGAGCUGCAGCUGCUUUAUUGUCACAGUGUCACAGUGACAGGACAGGCCCCUCCUUAAGGGGGGUGUUGUAGAAAACCCAUGUGUCACAGAUCAUUUGCUUUUAUAGAUUAUACACCUAUUUAUCACAGAAUCACACACUGCUUUGGGUGGGAAGGGCCUUAAAGCUCUUCUCAUCCCACCCCUGCCAUGGCAGGGACACCUCCCACUGUCCCAGGCUGCUCCAAGCCCUGCCCAGCCUGGCCUUGGGCACUGCCAGGGAUCCAGGGGCAGCCACAGCUGCUCUGGGCACCCUGUGCCAGGGCCUGCCCACCCUCACAGGGAACAAUCCCUUCCCAAUAUCCCAUCCAGCCCUGCCCUCUGGCAGUGGGAGCCAUUCCCUGUGUCCUGUCCCUCCAUGCCUUGUCCCCAGUCCCUCUGCAGCUCUCCUGGAGCCCCUUCAGGCCCUGGCAGGGGCUCUGAGGUGUCCCUGGAGCCUUCUCCUCUGCAGGUGAGCACCCCCAGCUCUGCCAGCCUGGCCCAGCCCUUGGGCCAUCUCUGUGCCUCCUCUGGACUCUUCCUCAACAGCUCCACAUCCUUCCUGUGCUGGGGACACCAGAGCUGGAGGCAAUCUGGUCUGUACAUUUUAAUUUUAGCAUUGUCAAUGUGAAUAAAAUUUCACAUCCAUUUUUAUUCUGUCUGGCAACAGAUAUUUGAGGCUGUGACAAAUACAAUGGACUUCCCUGAAUUUGUGGUGCCACUUGCAGUAAGAUUCUUGUUCUGUCAGAGUGCCAAAGGAAAAGAAAUCCUUUCAGCACUGGAAGUUUUAACCAUUUGCAGUGUAGAGAACCCUCCCGCCUGAACCAGGCCCUAGAUGAGUUGUUUGCAUGGCAGUUCAUGUGCAGCUGGGUUGGCCUUUGGGGUGAAGGAGGCACAGCCUUGUCCUGGGAGUGCAGAAUCACCCUGGGGGUGCUGGGUCAGCAUCCAGGCAACCUGGUCUGUCCCCAGCCCUGGCUGAAGGAAAAUGGAAGCACAUGGGAGCUUCCCUCAGGCUCCCCAGGGCUCUCCAGCUGUUUCAGCCCCAUCACUGGUGGCUUGCACAGAUUUAAGCUCUCAGUACAUUCAGUUUCUCCUAAGAAGCUGUCCAGUCUCCCCUUGAACUAAACAGAUUUUUGUCACCCACACCAUCAGAAGUGACAGGUUUUGAGGUGAUGUUAUGAUUCCACGUGCAGAUCCAUCUUUUAAAGUCCCUGGGAGCAGAGUCCUGAAAUGCAUUGUGGCAUCAUGAGGACCUUUCCCCUCCCAGAGGUGGCAGACUGGACACACUUGUGCUGGUGACAAGGCAGUGCUGCUGAAUGAAGCUGAAAUAGUCCAUCCCUGUGGAGCUGUGCCUGGAAAUCACCUUUUAUUCCACACUGCCAGGGUGUUUCAGCUCCUGUGAACCAUUCCUCCUGUGCUGUAGCUCAUUUCCUUUUACAACAUUGGUGUUAAGGGCUGCCUUUGUCCUGGCCAGACCUCAGAAACCAUUUCACUACUGAGACAGGAACAGUUUCAGCCCCAUUUGACCCUUACUGUGAGAGGACAGCUUUAUAAAACCCUGGGUUUUUAGCAGACAGUCAGUCCAGAGCCACACAGGGAGAGCAGCUCUCUUGGAGCCCCUUUCCUGGGCAGAGCUGGCCCAGAGGAUCAGGGUGUUAAUGAUGUGCUGGCAGAGGGCACUUGCUGCUGAGUGCCUCUGGCACCCUGCAUGCUGGGGGAAGGCUGCAGAGCCUGAAUUAUCCCUCAUUUUUUCCAGUCCUGUAGGGAAAAGGAGAGUUUUGCCAUCAAAUCUUCUCAGGUGAGCCUCCAGAGUCCUGUUUCCAAUCCUUCCAUACCACAGGCAGGCUGAAAAGCAGGAAAGUUGUGUUCUCACUAGGAAUUGUCACUCUGCUUGUGGAAUUUCUCUCUCCAGCUUGUGGCUGUGUUCAGAUUUCUGCUGUGGAAUGUCUAGAAUGUUUUCUUUCCCUCUCAGCCUCCCCCAGGUGUGGCCAUCCAACAUCAGGUGAAGGAGGAGGAGAGGCUGUAGGUCUGAAAUGGUGGGAACAGCUCCCUCACUUCCAGGCAGAUUUCCUUCUCAUGGAGGUGUAAGAAAUAAACUGAAGUGUGCUCCCCAUGCAGCAGCUGGGCUGUGCUUCACGAGUCCCUGGGUUCUGGCAGUGCCUGGGAAAUGCUGCUGGGAUCAGGGUCUUGCUCUGAGGAGGGGAUUGCUCUGCUCUGCUCUGCCCUGGUGUGGCCUCACCCCUGCUCUGGGGCAGCUGUGGGUGCCACAAUAUCAGAGGGAUCUGAAGCUGUUGGAGAGUCCAGAGGAGGGACAAGGGCACAGGAAGGGUCUGAGGAGCAGCUGAGGGCACUUGGAUUGUUCAGCUGGAGGAGACUGAGGGCAGAGCUCAGGGGGGCUGCAGCUCCUCCCGAGGGGCAGCUCCAAUCUCUGGGAUAGGGAAUGGCUGGAGCUGGGCCAGGGCAGGGUCAGGCUGGAUUUUGGGAAAGGUUCGUCCCCCAGAGGGUGCUGGGCAGUGCCCAGGCUCCCCAGGGAAUGGGCACAGCCCGAGGCUGCCAGAGCUCCAGGAGUGCUUGGACAAUGCCAGGAACAGGGUGGGAUUGUUGGGGGGUCUGUGCCAGGGCUGGAUGAUCCCUGGGGGUCCCUCCCCACUCAGGAUAUUCCAUCACUCUGUGACUGAGAACACAGUGCCCAAAGGACAGCAGCUCAGGAGGAUCAAGCAGAAGGUUCAUCCCAUUUUUCUGUGUGUGGAAGGGAAUGUGAUGCAGAGGGAAGAGAGGUGUCUUCUGUGACCCCAUGCUGUGAAUUCACAUUAAGCACUGGAGACUGACUGCAGAUCUGCAGACUGGGAGCAAAAUGUGUCAGCUCCAACCCCCCUGCCCCCCUCCCAGGCUGUCCUGACUCUCAGCUUGUGUGUCACUCCUUGCUGUGAGGCACAGGGUUAACUGUACCCACUGCUGCUGAGGAGCUGGAAAUCAUCCCAGCCCUGUGGCUCCAUCCUGGGCAGCUGCACAGGUUGGUAAAAUGGGGAGCAUCACACAGAGGGAACAUGACAACAGCUCACAGCUCCAAAUCAGGGAUGCACAUUGCCUCCUGCUCUCUGAGGUGCCUACAAACCAUGGCCAUGCACGGGGAGAAGAUUUGACUCCAGAGGUGCAGUGAAUCACAGCCUGUUCAUACCAGCAUCUCUCCUAAUGACUGCUCUGCACAGCCUGUCCCAGCUGGAGUCACAUUUUCUGGAAGGAAGCACCACAGGCCCUCUCCUCUUGGCAGCUGUGUGAGCCCGGCUGAACUGAGCCCAGGAAGCCAAGUGACAGCAUCCCCCUCUCCCUGUGCCAUGCAGGUGCCUCCUUUGCUUCCUGCCUGCCCCCAGUACACACAGGAACACACCAGGGCCAUUCCCCACACAGGGAAACGUGGGGGGUUAUGGUCUGGGGGUGAAAACAAUGCUCCAUGGAAAAUCUGAUUGCUCUCCUCUUUACACUUUGUGCUCAGGUGAAGUCAGAGCUCCUCUGCAUGCUGGGAGUGUCCCAGGGUUUGCUGCAGCCCCUCUGUGUGCUGGGACAGUCCCAGGGUUUGCUGCAGCCCCUCUGCAUCCUGGGACAGUCCCAGGGCUUGCUGCAGCCCCUCUGCAUGGCUCCAGGCAGCAGCAGAUGCUGGAGUUCUCCAGGUGGGAGCAGUUAUGUGUCCAUGGGAUGUCUGCACUGCUGCCUCUGAGGGAGGAGCAGCAUCCUGCACACCUCCUGGGAGCAUCCUCCAAGCUCUUCCCAUGGCAUUCUGAACUGUCCUAUUCCAUCAGCUCUCCUUAGCUGAUAUCUUGAUUCUCUUUUCUAUUCAGAAUCUCUCUCAGUUUUGUCUUCUUUUAGGAGCUCCCUGGAGCUUUCUCCUUUCUGAGGUAGUAAUUCCCAAUUUUACACUUUAUGUUGGGCCUUCUACAGAGUAAAAUUGCAGUUAAACUCAGGAGUCAUUUGUAGGUUGGGCAAAAAUGGGGUUCUGUUGUCAUCUAAGGAUGUCAGGUGCAAUCACCCCCAAAUUUAUAUCAUUUAGUGUAGCAUAAAUUAGAGCAAAAGUCUCCAAAGCCUGAAGACAGAUCUAUCCAGAAAUCUCUUAAUUCCAUCUCCACUUCCUGUGUUAGCAGCAACUGCUGCAUAGAGGCCACUGCUUUUUAUAUAAAGACAUAAAAUCCUUUUAAUGAUCUGCCUUGAUACAACAGGGGUUUUUUUGGUGAGCUAUGGAUGAGUUAGGCAGCUUUUUCCUAUCACUAACUCAGCUCAAACUGCGUGGGACAAAGGGGACCUGUCAUCUUUUGUGCUUUGGGAAGUAGAAAAAAAGAGGUUUACCAGGGUAUAUUUUAAAGCUGCCUUGUUUUCAUGCUAAAAACAGCACAGAUUGGAUUGUUCUAGAUUGGAACAAUCCAUAUUUGGCAUGGAGGAAGCUGGUGAUGGCAGGAAAUGAACAGUUGGUGGGAUGGGAUGGACACAGCGGGGCUGGAAAUAAGAUCCAGUGUUGAGGGGGUUCUGUGGCUGCAGCAGCAGGGCUGAGUCACCCAGGCAGCUCCCAGCAGCUUCUCCCUGCUCACAGCUCUGCUCUCCCCGCUCCCAACACUUCCAGGCUCCCUCCCCAGCAAAGGAAACCUGCCAACAUCUUCCCAUGGCCUCUGGUAGCCAAAGGCAGGCAAGCAGGCACGUGUGUGUGCUCCCCUCCCACUGAGCUCCCUGCAGAGCCCCACCUCCCUCUUCAGCCUCACACAUCCAACUCCCAUCAGGAAAUUCUUGAGGUUUCCCUGGGUUUCUUGUGAGAUUCAAUCCAUCCUGGAAUAUCAGAAAGGGUCUGAGCUCGCUAAAGCAAAAAGGGUUCACCACAUGGAAAAAACAGGAUUUUGUUCUCGGUGUACCAAAGCAGAGGAAGAAAUGUGUCAGUUCAUGGAUUUUUGGGGUUGGAAGGGACCUCUCACGAUGAUCUGGAACAGCCUCUCUGCUCUAACAGGAGUUUUGAGCUGCUUGUCCAGGACCACAUCCAGUUUGGUUUUGAGUAUCUCCAUGGAUGGAGACUCCUAAACUUCUCUUAGCAACCUUGUUCCAGUGUUUGACUGCCCUGACAUAAUAAAAGGUUUCUUGGUUCUGAUAGAAUUUCCUGUUUCUUAAUGUGUCCAUUGCCUCUUGUCCUGCCAGACCACCAUGCUGGAAUAAGGUAGCUCUGGAAACAGCUGACUGGAGCUAGAAUCACAGAAUCAUUAAUGGUGGAGAAAAAUUCUAAGAUCAUUGAGUCCAGUGUUAAUUACUGUCAGCCUUACCCCCUCCUCCCCUCUCCUGAACAAUGAGGCUUAACAAGGAGGGUGACUGCAUGGAUUGGGAUCUCAUCCUGUCACUGAGGGAUGCACCCUGAGCUUGACCCUUGCUGCUCCCUCUCUGUACCACCAGCCAGGUUUGAUGGGAAUUCUCUUUGCUCCUGUGACCACCAGCCAGGUUUGAUGGGGAUUCUCUUUGCUCCUGUGACCAUGACCCAGGUUUGAUGGGGAUUCUCUUUGCUCCUGUGACCAUGACCCAGGUUUGAUGGGGAUUCUCUUUGUCCCUGUGACCAUGACCCAGGUUUGAUGGGGAUUCUCUUUGCUCCUGUGACCAUGACCCAGGUUUGAUGGGGAUUCUCUUUGCUCCUGUGACCAUGACCCAGGUUUGAUGGGGAUUCUCUUUGCCCCUGUGACCAUGACCCAGGUUUGAUGGGGAUUCUCUUUGCUCCUGUGACCAUGACCCAGGUUUGAUGGGGAUUCUCUUUGCUC